AUGAGAAUCAACGAGAGGUCCACUCGUGGCCUCAGUGUCCUUUCCCUACUGGCCCCGGUUAGCGCCACUCUCUAUGACCAGACCAUCCAGCUCGCCCAAGGUAAGGUGCAAGGUGCUGCUGCAUUCAACGAAAGCAGUGCCCCGUCCUACAUCUCCAACUGGAAAGACAUCGCCGUUUGGAAGGGCAUCCCAUAUGCUGCGACAACCGGUGGACAAAACCGCUGGAAGCCACCACAGAGUGCCUCAUCCUGGAACGGCACCCUGAAAGCCACUUCAUUUGGGCCCAGCUGUCCUAGCUCUUCAGCUGGCGAUGGAGUGAGCGAGGACUGCCUGUCGAUCAAUAUCUGGAGUCCCGCCACCUCCACCAAUGCCAAGCUGCCGGUCAUGCUGUGGUCCUAUGCGGCGGGAGGUGAAUCCAGCCAGAGUACCUACGACGGUGCAGGCAUGGCAGCCAAGGAUGUUAUCUUCGUCAGCUACAACUACCGCACAGGCCCUCUCGGCUGGCUGACACUGCAUGAGUUGGCCGAGGAGACUGGUGCGACGGGCAACUACGGUCUCCUCGAUCAGAUCGAAGCUCUGAAAUGGGUAUAUGAAAACAUCGCCGCUUUUGGCGGAGACCCCGAGUCCAUCACUGUGGCUGGUCAGUCCUUCGGCUCUGGCGCUGUCUACCACAUGGUCAACAGCCCUAGGACUAAAGGUAUGAUCAAGGGUGCGAUCGCAGAGAGUGGCCUCAAGGACCCAUACGAUCCAGACAUGUGGGGAUACGGAAGUGACUACCGGAACAUGACCUGGGCGUAUGCCUUCAGCAAGACCUACGCUGAGUCGCUCAAUGCGACGAGCGUCGCUGACUUGCGCUCUAUGGACCUCGAAACAGUCCUUAGCGGUACUGGUGCUUCCGAUUUCACCGGCUUCGAUCCAGUGCUCAACUACCAUGCCAUACCCAACAAAUACAUCGUCAGCCUGGACGAGGGUGCACCCAAUGACGUGCCCAUCCUGGUCGGAAACAACAAAGACGAGGACGGAAUUGACCUGUCUACAACCUACACAAUCGCCGAGUACAAGUCAGAGAUCAACUCCACCUACGGACCCUACGCCGCCGAGCUACUGGCGUUACAUCCAGCUGACAACACAACCCAAGCCACAGCCGCAUACAAUUCGAUCCUACGUGCUGGCUACUGCACCUCCACCUGGUCAUGGGCCAAGCGCUGGAACCAGUCCUCCACUGAGCCCGUUUACUACUACCUCUGGACCUACUCGCCCCCUGGCUCGGACGGAGCCACCCACGGCUCGGAGGUGUCCUACGCGUUGAACAACCUCUACGCCCAGACAACCACCUCAUAUACGGACACUGACUAUGAGGUGGCCAAUGUCAUGUCCUCGUACUGGGCCAAUUUUGUCAAGACGCAGAAUCCGAACAAGGGCGGCUCUUACAACAACGGUACCUUGCCGUACUGGGGUCCUAACGUGCCGACUGAGCAGAACACGUUCGAGCUUGGUAGCCUCUGGAAGAAAAUUGCUUUCGCAACAGCCAAGGAGAUCCAGUUGUACUUGGAGUACUUCAAGUAUGCUACGCCCAGUCCAUACUAA